CAGUUUUGACCAAAUUCAUACAAACUAAUAUUAAUAAUUAUAUUACAAAAUAAAUACCAUAAGAUUAAUCAUGUAAUAUAUUUUCAUUUGGAGACAUAAAUGCUAGUAACCUUUUGUAUAAAUUAGAUCAAAUUUAAAAUUAUUUGACUCCUCAAGAAGAAAGAGUCUUUUAAUUUUUUUGGGACGGAGGGGGGUAGACGGCUAGACUAGACUGCACCAGUUCACCCCAUGUGCAGAUAUCGUUUUUAACUUUCCACAUGCGACCAAUCCCAUAGGCUGCUAGGCAGUACUCCGUAGUGACCAGACCAUCACAUAGCAACAAUCAAGUUAUUCCUCGCCAUAGGUCCUCCAACAUCUCAUCAGCAGCUUCCAGCCGGGCCGAUGGACGACCCUUCUUCAACAUUCUGGACGCUGGCACGCUGCCAUCAUGGCCGUGACCACCACUUUUUGUUGUGCACUGCCGUCGUGGUUGCGCAGGUGCCAAACCAACUCCGCCACUGAAACACGGCAGUAAGUUCCCCCUAAUGGCCGUAAAGAAUCAUCGCCAAUUACUCAUCUAUCACAAAUCCAUCAGAAUUCAAAGCUCUCAUGUGGAGUAAUGCUUUAACUAUGGAAAAUAUUAGUCAAGAAUGCAUAAAUACCAAGUAACUGAUAAGAAUAGUUUCGUAUGAUGUGACCACAAAUAAAUUAUCACUGGUUCCUGAAACCCCAUCACUAUCCCACCUCCUGUUCGGCUAGGCAUAAAAGGCUGGCUGAAGCUGCUGGACGAAACACGAGUCCACCACCAGCUCAGCACCAGCCGCUCUCUUUGCCAGUCAACCGAACAGGAGCCCAGUCAUUAAAGUUCCAUUGGCAGCAGGAAUUCCAGCAAGCAGCUAUCAUGAUAAGGACGGCAUCCGUCCGUCCAAGAGGUUAAAGCAAACAGGUGCUCAUUCUGAAGCACUUGCAAACCUUCUCUUCGUCCACCUCCAUCCCCACAUACACUCCAUGGAUUUGCAUAAAUUUCUUCUCACAGCUCUGCUGCUUUCACUUCUGAACUAUGCAUCCUAUGCUGCCAAAUCAUGGCAAGAAGACUUCCUCAAAACUUGUCCAUCACAUAGAUGCAGCAAACAUCAUGGGCCAGAGAUCCGGUUCCCGUUUCGGCUUUCAACCCACCCUCAAUCAUGCGGCGCACCUGGGAUGCAGUUAUCAUGCUCUGGCCAUGACACAAUCCUAGAUCACCCAGUUCUUGGUUCCUGCAAAGUAAUUGCAAUAUAUUACAGGCAUCUUGUCAUGAACGUCAUCCCACUCGUGUACUCAUCAUCACGCUGCCCGCUUCAGAAGCUCAUCUCAACAAAUCACUCAACUGAUGUGUAUAGACCUGUCCAGUUGGCUUUUCGUGAUUCAGUACUAGUAGGUUGCUCAAUUGAUUCUGUAGCAACAAAUCAAGAAGAUAUAGUUGGCCCAAGCUCUUGCCUAAGCCUUAGUAACAAUGCAAACCAGUUCUGGUAUCUGGUGCUACGUCAAACAGAUAUGUCUACUCUUCCCUUAGGGUGCGAGGUGGUCGCAAAAUCCAUCCCAAUACCCUACGCUUACGAUAGAAAUGGUCCAAAGUUCUACACAUUCUUUAACAAGCCACUCUUCAAAGAUAGGGCAAAAGGAGCAAUCAACUUGGGCGAAACACCAUUGAAUUGGAGCAUCAGCAGCAUUACCAGCAUUUGUCAAAGGUGUGAACAGGAAGGGAGACAUUGUGGAUUCAGUUCAAACCAUGGACAAGCAUUCUGCCUGAAUCACGGUUCGAAUGUCAAACUCAUUGCAGCUACAACAUCGGUAGCCACUUUUGUUGUUCUGGUGACCACUGCACUCUAUCUUUUAUUGAAGAAAAGAUAUAAUGAAGCAAUACAUUUGAAAGUUGAGAUGUUUCUCAAGACAUAUGGCACCUCCAAACCCACAAGGUACACUUUCUCCGAAGUUAAGAAGAUAGCAAGACGGUUCAAGGAAAAAGUAGGCCAGGGUGGAUUUGGAAGUGUUUACAAAGGACAGCUACCAAAUGGUGUACCAGUGGCAGUCAAGAUGUUAGAGAACUCUACAGGCGAGGGGGAAGAUUUCAUCAAUGAAGUAGCAACCAUUGGACAAAUCCACCAUGCAAAUAUUGUCCGCCUCCUAGGAUUUUGCUCUGAAGGUACAAGACGCGCGCUUAUUUACGAAUUCAUGCCUAACGAGUCAUUGGAGAGAUAUAUAUUCUUGCAUGAUUCCAGUAUUUCCCAAGAGCUUCUAGUACCUCACAAAAUGCUAGAGAUUGCUAAAGGCAUUGCUAGAGGAAUGGAGUACCUACAUCAAGGAUGCAACCAGCGCAUCCUCCAUUUUGACAUCAAACCCCACAACAUCUUGCUGGACUACAGCUUCAAUCCAAAAAUUUCGGAUUUUGGCCUUGCUAAACUGUGUGCAAGGGACCAAAGCAUUGUUACCUUGACUGCAGCAAGAGGCACAAUGGGCUAUAUUGCCCCGGAGAUAUAUUCUCGGAAUUUUGGUGGGAUAUCAUACAAGUCAGAUGUUUACAGUUUUGGCAUGCUGGUGUUAGAGAUGGUGAGUGGACGAAGGAACUCAGACCCAGGUAUUGAGAACCAAAAUGAGGUUUACCUCCCGCAGUGGAUCUAUGAGAGAGUAAUCGCUGGGCAAGACAUGGUACUUAAUAGGGAAAUUACAGAAGAGGAGAAAGAAAAGGUGAAGCAGAUGGCCAUUGUGGCACUCUGGUGCAUUCAGUGGAACCCCAAAAAUCGUCCAUCAAUGACAAAGGUGGUAAACAUGCUGACAGGAAGGUUGCAGAAUCUACAUAUACCACCUAAACCUUAUAUCUAGUCUGAACGCCGUCCUAUGCCAUAAAACAUGGAGGACUUCUUUUUGUGGAAGUUUAAAACAUAGAGUACCAUGAUUUAGCAAGCAUGGUCAGGAGUUAUGCUUAAUUUCACUUGUGAACAUCUGAACAUAGUAAUGCCUAGACGUAGCAUACACUUUAUUUGGAUCAUUCCAGUGUAUCAGGUCACAUGAGUGUGCCUUUGUCAGUCUUUGCUGUGUAAUAACUUAAUUUGAAACAUAUCACAUCGAAUUUGGUUUCCAGUGUCAUGGUUCAAUUGUUGAGAUUA